UAACGCGCCUGUAGUGUUGAUCUCAUACAACGUUCUACAUAAGAAAAUCAACGUUGAUUCAUUCACUGGAAUUCAAGUUUCAAGUUUUAAAGCAGUGGAGAACAGCCAACGAUGCGUCUAUGAUGAAAGGGACUGCUGGGGAUGUACUACGACCAACAAAAUAAGCGUCAGCAAAACGCUUCAACAAGAAUCCACCAAGACUAAUCGAGCAAUGGAGAACAAACGAAACAGAAGAAGAAUGAACGGUCGACUAAAAUUUUUGCCUCUGCUACCCUCGGCAAUUUUGUUUGUUGUCGUGUUUGCUCAUGUGCAGCUGUUGGUGAAGCAAAGAUAUUCUAUUGACGACUGCAACCACGAUAAAAUUGUUCCAACGACGAUGGCAUUUUCUUCAUCGGCGUGCAUCGGAACCCGGGAAUCUUCCUUUCCCACCAAAGAUGACAAAAAUUUCCGCGGCAAAACCUACGACUGCACGUGGACGCCAUCAUUAAGGUCGGGAGAGAGGAGGCAGCUACUGGUUUUGUUGACUGCCGGAAAGGCCAGCCUGCCUACUGCCAACAACACUCGCACCACAACCGGUUCGAAAACGGGAAUCAAACGUCCCAACACGCAAGUUCGAACCAUUAUGUCGAUGUUGGAAGAACGAUACGACGUUUUUCUGCCAUCGGAUUGCAAGGAUGGCAAGAUGGAUAAAACGAAAGAAUGGAAAAAGACAAGGAAUUAUUUGUACCACGCCAGUCGGAGCUUCCAAGACAGUAAUCACGACGAAAAUGGCAAUCGUGGUAACGAUAUCCGUAAUUUUUCCGAACAGGUCGUCAGCGUCUUGGACUUUUUGGACGAGCGGCUCGAACUGCCUUCGCACGUUUCGAAACGGAUCCUUCAGGAAUCUCCUCGGAUCCUCCGGAAACCAGUCGAUUCCUUUCUCAUUCCGACCGCCGACUUUUUGUUGCAGUUGUGGGGAAGGGAAUUGUUUCUAAAAGCGGUGGAGCGCAAUCCCGCCUUGUUGCUGACGAGCGGUGUAGGUUACACAACAAAUCGCAAGAAGAAAAGCGUUGCUGUAAGCCAAAGCACCGAUGCGGCCCCGUCGGACCGGGGCGGUGACGAUGAUGACUCCGACACCCGCACCGAAAACAAUUUCAAUACAAGCACAGACCAAAAUGUAGAGGAGAUACUCUUGAGUCGGACGGGGCUCUCUCCUAGCGCGAUCCGACGAAUGAAAAGAUCCACYCCGCUCGCGUUUGGUCUAUUGGGCUCGAAAGUGCAUUCGGUACUAGACUUUUUGGAUGGCAUUUUGCAGGAGAAAGAGUCGGGUGCGACGACGGCCAAAACAGGAAAAGUGACAAGAGCACAAACCAAGGCUGCACACGAGGAAGACUCAAACAAAAGGAAGAAGGUUCUCGGCAAGGUCAUUUCGGCCCACCCGUAUUUGCUAAAUUUGUCGGUCGAAUCUAAUCUGAAACCACGCGUGCAAUUUCUUGCAGAGAGUUGUGGCCUGAGUCCGACGCAACUUGCGAAAGUCGUUCAGACCUCUAACGGCUCGGUGCUAGGAUUGUCGGUUGAGAACAACUUGCAGCCCACCAUAGACUUUUUGCURGCGGAAAUCUUCUUCGAGGAUGAGAACGACAAGGAUGACCCUCGCUCGAUGCUCACAAAGUGCAUACUGACCCACCCGCAACUCUUGGGUCUCAGCAUUGCAAACCUUAAAUCCAAGGUGGACUACUUUGAUUCGAUUUGGCCUUCGCUGGCGGGUAGGAUUGCAAAAAGAUGCCCCGCCAUCUACUCGCUCAAUCUCGACCAGAACAUAUCGCCGACMGUUCACUUCUUGGCUAGGGUUUGGGGAAUGAACGGUGGGCAGGGAUUGUUGUCGGAGGAGGAAACCAUCAAGAAAGAGUUUUAUGCUAUGCUGUACGAGUAUCCAAACAUCAUUACACUUUCUGUAGAAGCAAACCUGCAACCGACCAUGAUGUUCUUCAAUAAGACGGGAUACACGUCGCUGAACGAGAACUGGGAAUUGGUUUCACCGAAGUCCUCGGUUGCCAGCGGUGUAGACAGUGCCUCCGACCAAAUGAACACCGUCCACGGGAAACAAGCGGCUUCCGGCCGCAUCCGGGGCAGAUACAUUGCGGCAUCUCUCUACAACCGAUUGCUGCCCCGGUGGCACUUUUGUCUCUCCCAUACCAAGCAGAAGAAACUCUCAGAGAAAAGUGUAGAUGCCGCUGUAUCUGCAACGGACCCUUCCUCCGUGGCGCUGCCGAUGCCAUCGACAUCGUCACCGCUUCCGCAGGAAACAUCCCCCGGGCUUUCACCGAUGACGCCGCCACUGCACGUUUUGGUGAUGGCGGACGACAAAGCCUUUUGUGAAGUCAUGGGAGUGGAGGUCGAACGAUUUCUGAGCUUCAAGAAGGAAGCUAUUCCGCGGCUCAAAUUUUCCAGCCAGUUUGACACCUGGCUCAAAACCGGCAAACCGAUUGAUCUGUGACACAACGAAAGAAUGACAUUGAUCAUGGUGUAAAUGUAGCAGAGCCUCGCCGGUGUUCGACCCCUUGGUUCGUGGGGAGUCUAUCGGAAUCAGUCCAUUGGAAGUGCUAACUUCGAGUAAGAUAGAGAAUUGAAAUAGUUUCAUACCACGUUAAAUGAUGAAUUUACAU